GCCAAGCACAAACAGCCAUACAGAUCUACGGUUUGCCCUUUCCUCGGUGGGCCAAACCGGCACGCCCAACAACCGGCACCCCUCCAGGCGUGCCGCGGACAGCCGUGUACGCAGACCCCGCCGAUUGUUGCUCUUGUGCUUUAUGCAAAUGCCUACUGAUAAUGUAUGUGCCACGCCUAACCUGUAACCUAAACCCGUGUCGGGCCUGCGGGGCCGUGUUUGCGCUGCAUCCCUGCUGGGGACAGCGGUUUUCAUGUCGAGCAGCCUGCCCACAUCUGCUACUACAGCAGGCCUGACCACUAAUCCACUGUCCCCUACAGUCCUGGCCACUCCGGCUCCUCGUCCUGCAUCCCAGGAGGGAGCCGGCACGGGGGGACCGUAAGGGCAACCAGGGGAGGGCAACAGACUACUGCCGUCGCUGCUGGUCACCAACAAAAUUUCAUGUCUCGAUGCCUGUGUGUGGCAUCGCGAGUCGCCCCAGAUUUGCGUAUACGCGGUGAUUCCGUAAUUGCCGUCGGUUGACGUCGGUUUCACGACAGGCUAAGUUGCCAUAGAAAAGCAGAAGAGAAAUGAAGCUGCAGUCGACAAGCUUCCGCGCUUCGGUCAGGAGUGGUCGCCAGGGUCACUUGCUGGCCCCGGCGAAUUGCCACAAUGCCCAUACAGCACGGUCAUUGCAUCUCAACGCAACCGCGUUCAAAGACACGCCCGCCCAGGCUGACAUGAAUGCCGCGACAUCGGAGGCGAGCAUUAAGCUGCCUAUGAACCUGUCAACUGAGGCUGCCCCACCGGGCGUGCGGGCUGAUGUGCAGGGCGCCGGCCCCUUCGCGACGGCCGGGCCGCAGCCGAUCGACAAGUACAUGUGGCUCCGCGACCUGCGUAUGGCGUCGCCCUCGUCGUACUUCCGUGUUCUCGUCAACAAUACCCUGGACGUGCUGCCCUACAUCUACACCCCCACCGUUGGCAAGGCCUGCCAGGAGUACCACACCCUGGGCAUUGCCACGCGUGGCCUGUACCUGCGCAUCGACCAGGACAAGGGCAAGAUCCUGGAGCGGCUCAAGGCCUGGCCGCAGAAGCGCGUGCGCACCAUCGUGGUCACAGACGGCGAGCGCAUCCUGGGGCUGGGCGACCUGGGCGCGAACGGCAUGGGCAUCAGCGAGGGCAAGAUCGAGCUGUACACGGCCGCCGCGGGCGUGAAUCCCGCCGUGUGCCUGCCGGUGUGCCUGGACGUGGGCACCAACAACGUCAAGCUGCGUGAGCACCCCAAGUACAAAGGCGUGCGCGCGGCGCGGCCGCCGCAGAAGGAGUACGACGAGUUUGUGCAGGAGUUCAUGGAGGCCAUCAGGGCCUGGCAGCCGCACACGCUGAUCCAGUUUGAGGACUUUGGCAACACUAACGCCUUCAGGAUCUUGGACAAGUAUCGGGAUGACUACUGCUGCUUCAACGACGACAUCCAGGGCACCGCCGCCAUCACUCUGGCGGCGCUGCUGGCGGCACUGCGUGUGACGGGCCAGCGCCUGGCGGACCAGCGCAUCCUGUUCCUGGGCGCGGGCGAGGCCGCUGCCGGUAUUGCCACGCUCAUCUCGUAUUGCAUGACUCGCCGCGACAACAUCGAGCCCGCGGCCGCCCGCCAGCGCUGCCACCUGAUGGACAGCAAGGGCCUGGUGAUCGCCAGCCGCACCGACCUGCAACACCACAAGCGGCCCUUCGCGCACAGCGACGUGCCGCCCUGCACCACGCUGAUUGAGGCGGUGCGCGCCAUCAAGCCCACCGUGCUCAUCGGCGCCAGCGCGGUGCCAAACUCCUUCACCCAGGAGGUGGUGGAGGCGAUGGCGGAGCUGAACGCGCGACCCAUCAUCUGCCCCCUGUCUAACCCCACUUCCCAAGCGGAGUGCACCUUUGAGCAGGCCUGGAAGUGGACGAACGGCCGCGUGCUGUUCGCCAGCGGCUCGCCGUUCGACCCCAUCACCGACGCCCAGGGCAUUGCGCACCACCCGCCCCAGGCCAACAACGCCUACAUCUUCCCGGCCGUGGGCCACGCCGCGGUGCUCACCAAAUCCAAGCGCGUGCCCGAGGAGUUGUUCCUGGUGGCUGCGGAGCAGCUGGCUGCUAUGGCCACUGUCGAGGAGCUGUCGCGCGGCCACCUGUUCCCCGUGUUCAGCCACAUCCGCGACAUCUCCGCCUCCAUCAUGGCCUCCUGCGCGCACUACCUGGUGACCGAGGGACUGGGCCGCAACCCGCGCGGCUGGAGCCAGGAGGACCUGGAGCAGGGCAACGGCUGGCGCCGCGCCGCGCGCGCCGCCAUGUGGAGCCCGCCCGCGGCGGGCAGCGCCACCGCCUCCGCCUCCAUGGAGGACGUCACGCCGCUGUCGUCCAUGGACCUCCUGCCGGCGCCGGGCGCCGAGAAGCCGCCCGCGCCACUCAUGUCGGGCGAGCUGUGGUAGGGGAGGCGGGGUGUGGUAGGGGCGGCGGGGUGUGCGAAGGGUGCAUGUGCCGCGUGCGCGUGCCGCCUGCGUGUGUGUACGGCAUGGAGGCGAAGGAGGGACGAGGAGGAGGAGGAGGAGGAGGAGGAGGAGGAGGAGGAGGAGGAGGAGGAGGAGGAGGAGGAGGAGGAGGAGGAGGAGGAGGGACGAGCAGGAGGAGGGCCGUGAGAGAGGAGGAGGAGGGCCGUGAGAGAGGAGGAGGAGAAGGUUGCGAGGAUCAGACCCAACGUACUGGGAGGGAGGAGGUUGGGCGGUGACAGCGGCGGCUGCGUGCGACGUUGAUGUGUGUAGGCCGGGGGCGCGGCUGACGCGUUGAGCGCGGGCGAAGCCACACACGUGCGGGUAGCCGGGAGCGUGAUCUGGGUGCGGGUGGGUUCGAGCAUUCUUUGUUGGUCAUGAUUGCAUGGGCAGCGUUGUGACGUGUGGGCAGCGCAGGCGAGAUAACCACUGCGUUCGCAACGACGCCAGCGAGAAUGGCGGAUUCAUAGCGAUUGCAGACAGGGGCGGGACUGCGCCCUAGCCCGGGCUGACUUUAUACAAUCUACUUCACUUGGUCAAAUGCUAAUUGUCAAGAGGAACGAAUUGACGUAUAAAGGGUGCGGUGCAGGAGGGAGAGGGAGAGCAGGUGAAUGAUGCCUGCUGUCCCCUUGUUUUGGACACUACGGUAGAUUGCGUGUGCGAUGGGACAGUGGUAAGGCAGGUUGGUGAAGUCCGGUAGGGUGCAGCUGAUUCCCAGAACCCAGCAGAUGGCAAACAAUUUGCAACGGCAGGGCAGGAGUGCGCGGCCGGUCGAACGCCGGAGUUACUGUACCGACGGUAGAUUGCGUGUGUGACGAUCCGCGCCCGCACCACCCGCCAUGUGUUUUCGUGUGACAUGAGUGGGGCAUUUUUUGCUCCAGUCAUGUCGCGAGUCUGGUAUUCAAAUAAUUUUUCAGGCCGAGAACACAUGCACAUGCGGUGAUGCAGUGUGUGUGAUAUGCCGCGUGGGACGCCCCGUCCGAUGAGUCUUGCGAGGCUUCCGUGAUUAGGAAGCUGCAGGUUGCUGGCGUCUCGGGCUAAGGGUAACAGUCCGGCAAGCGGUCGCGCACACAUAACGCAGCAGGACUUUGCCGGGGUUAUCAAGGAUUGUUGUUGGUGGUUUGUUGGGUUGGGAAGGCCUGGCUCGCAGCAGCGUGUGGGAAUUUUGGUGUGACCAUUUUAUGGGCUGGGUAGGGUACGCGGCGAAUAGGGUCGCUUUUUAUAUGUAGUGCAGCGUGGUCCCUUGGCCACUGCUGCUGGUUGCCCUCAGCCCUCCUAUUGCGAGGGAGGGAUGUAGUGUGCGGCUGGCGAGGAAUGCGGCUGUGCUGGGUAGGUUGGGUGCGGGGCGAACAAGGGCGGAGUCCAGCUCUCACUGUUGCCUCAAGUGAGUCCCCUAGCCCUACAGCGCGGCCUUUCCUUGUAAGAGUGAGGCAUG